GCAGAGGAUACUAACACACAUAGACCUCCUGAGUCCAGUCAUCGCUGGUGUGACAUUGAUUUGAUUCUGCAUUUUUUUUUGUCAUCACUUGGAAUCUACUUUGGUCUUUUGACUGGUUGUUUCCUAGAAGUGGGCACUGUGAGCAAACAGGGAUAAAACAAUGCUAACCGGACGAAGAAAACACUUCAACUUGAUCAUUUUCAUUUGCUCGCUGCAUGUGAUUUUUGUUGCCCUUCCAGUCGCUGGAUUUUCCCUAAAGGGAUGCCGAAUCAGCAGAGGUGUUGCCAUAUGUUCUGAAAGUGAGCUCACAGCAGUUCCUCAUGAUAUCCCUCGAACGGUGAAAGGUAUCGACUUGAAGAGGAACAAAAUUUCAAAACUACAAGCGUCGGAUUUCCGAGACUUUCCUGUUUUGACAGAGUUGAACCUGCAACAGAACAAGAUUUCAGAGAUAGGUAAAGGCACUUUUUCCAAUCUGAUUUCCCUGAAGACGUUGGUCCUGACUGCAAAUAGACUUCAUAAACUGGGAGAUGACGUUUUUCAUGGUUUGGGCAACCUCACAGAGCUGAGGAUUAAGGCGAAUCGCAUCAAAAUUGUGACGCCCACCACCUUCAAAUCUUUGUCAAGCCUGAAGAGGUUGGACAUAUCUGACAACUAUCUGCACCCCAUUGCAAAAGUUUAUGAAGUCAUACAGCACAUGCCACAUCUACAACAGCUGAAUAUACAAAAAAAUCAACUUGCCACUUUUUACUCUUACGUGCUAGCAAACCGCUCGAUUGAACUGAAAUCGCUUGAUAUUUCUCAAAAUCCUAUUGUAGUCUUUCGGAUCACUGCAAAUGUUUUUCCAAAUCUCAAAUCUUUAACCCUUGCCAAUCUACAGAAGACAAAGCAUAAAUUGAUAUGGGAUGUACGUAAUAAGACAAUGGUGGGUCAAGUCUCUACUCUUGACAUUAGUGGGCUUAAGCACGCUCCUCUUGACAUCAUAACAAAAUUGCUACAGAGCUUCAACUCGUCACUGAACACUCUGAGGAUGAAUCAAAUACCACAUGUGCCGGCACUAAUCAGAAUUUCCUGCACCAUCCCGACAUUGUCCAAACUACAGCUCCAACUAAACAAGCUCCGUGUUGUCAGAUCAGAUUUAUUUCAGCUGUGCGUUAACAUAGCAGAGAUAGAUCUGAAUAAAAAUGACAUAGAAUCCAUUGAUGACAACUCUUUCACAUCACUCCCACGUCUAAGGAUCGUAAGCCUGAGCACCAACAAACUUUUGUCUGUUCCGACAGCCACCAGGAACCUACCGAGGCUUUUGGAGUUGGAUCUCAGCUCUAACAAAAUCGACACGCUUAAAUGUGAUGAUUUUGCCAAUCUGACAAACCUACGAAAGCUCUACCUUCAUCAGAACGAAAUCUCUGCUCUAAAAGACUGUGUUUUCAGAGAUUUGACGAGAUUGGAAAUUCUAAAGUUACAGAGCAAUAAAAUCUCCAAAUUCAAUAAGGCUUUUGAAAACACAUUGCCCAAUCUUAAAACACUGUAUUUACACAGCAAUGCACUGACUGCCAUUAAAAAUGGGGAAUUUAGUGGCAUGUGGUCCCUUCAGAACUUGUCAUUACAGAUUAAUCACAUAAAAACCCUUGAAAAGGAGUGUUUUAAUGGACUGACAAACCUUACAGUUAUUAUUCUACAAACUAAUGCUAUUACUGCAGAAACAUUAGCCAACAAUAGCUUCAAUCUUUUGAAGAAUUUAAGAAGACUGGAUUUGAGCAACAAUCACAUCCAGUUCAAAAACAGUUCACCUUUGGCUUCGCCACCAUUUUCUCAGCUGUCUCAUUUAAAUACUUUGGCUUUAACCUCACAGCACAAAAGGUGCAAGGGUUAUCUACCAUCCAACCUCCUGCAAGGUUUGACAAAUCUACUGGAUUUGGACAUUAGGAACAUGCAACUUAUAUCGCUUCCCAAAGACCUCUUGAGUCAUACACCUCGGCUGGAAAGACUGGACGUUAGCGCAAAUGACAUCAGUUAUCUCUCAUCGGAUUUGUUUGCUCCCAUUCCAAACCUUACAGGUCUCUACAUAUCCAACAUAAGACUUUGGUCUUUGGGGUUCCUCAAACGGGCCAAUCUUUCCAAGGUAGAGUUCUUACAAAUGAGAAAGAAUCAGUUCUCAGUUAUCAGUGAAGAUGUAAUUAGGUCUCUACCAAGUCUUGUAUAUUUGGAUCUUGAAUGGAAUAGUUUUACCUGUGACUGCGACAACAGCUGGUUCCUUAAGUGGGUGCAAGACAAUAACCAGACACAGGUUUUUAAUGCCUAUGACUUCUUGUGCAACUAUCCUGAAGACCUUCAAGGUAUGAAACUCCUUGAACUUGACAUCCAGUCUUGCUCAGUGGACACUGGCUUCAUUUGCUUCACAUGCACCACGUGUCUGAUCAUCCUGACUUUGGUAACAUCCUUCACCUACCAUUUCCUGAAAGGGCAACUUACCUACGCAUACUACAUCUUCUCGGCUUGGCUCUUUGACACAAAGAAAAGGAACAAGCAGGUUCCUAAUCAGUAUGAUGCCUUUGUUUCCUACAACACCCUCGAUGAGCCAUGGGUCUGCAGAGAGCUUCUACCAAAACUGGAAGGAGAGCAAGGCUGGAGGUUGUGUCUGCACCAUCGAGAUUUCCAACCAGGUAGACCCAUCAUAGAAAAUAUCACAGAUGCCAUUUACGGAAGCAAGAAGACUAUCUGUGUGAUCAGCCGGAGAUACCUGAACAGCGAAUGGUGCUCCAGGGAGAUGCAGGUGGCCAGCUUCCGUCUGUUCGAUGAGCAGAAGGAUGUGCUGAUCCUGGUGUUCCUGGAGGAGAUCCCCACCUACCUGCUGUCUCCUUACUACCGCAUGAGGAAGCUGCUGAAGAAGCAGACGUACCUGAGCUGGCCUCGAGCUGGCGAACACACCGAGGUGUUCUGGGAGAAACUACGGCAGGCUCUGAUGACCGGAGAAGGUCCCGCUGAUGAAAGACUCCAACUGGCGCUGGUUGACAGGCCAUGAUGGGAGGGAAAUCCCAUCCUUUCUAGAAUGUAUGGAGAUAGUGUAAAUCAUUAGUCUCAGGUAGAGUAAUCAUGUUGCAGGUACCAGGUACUCUAGUUCUCUGUGUGUGUUUGGACUUGCUUUUUUUGCACUGUCGUCGAAACAGUUUAAUGAAAUGCAUCAUUUCCUUCACCCUCUUCGACUCGUAGACCAAGUUAUGACUAAGUAACUUUCCAUCUUGCAAAACUCAAGCAUUUGAAGUUUCGUUUAAUAACCAUGACAACAAAAAUAUACAAAAACAAAAAUUCAUUGUCUUGAGUUCAUGUCAACAUGUAGGACAGUUUCACUUGAUGAAGUCACACAGGACUACAGGGGUUGGACAAAAUAAUGGAAACACCUUAAAAAAAAUCAACAAAAUAUAAUUUAAUAUGGUGUAGGUCCGCC